AUUUUCUAAAACCCUAACCCUAAAACCCUUCAAUCAACACCAAAUUUUUGUGUGCGGUUUCCGCCGGCGGCGAGAUCGUACACGAUGAAAACCAUUCGCUCGUCCGAAACAAUGGACAUUCCAGAAGGUGUAAGCAUCAAGGUACACGCCAAAGUCAUCGAAGUUGAAGGUCCACGUGGUAAACUUGUUCGUAAUUUCAAGCAUUUGAAUCUUGAUUUUCAACUCAUUACCGAUGAAGAAGGGAAGAAGAAAUUGAAGGUUGAAGCUUGGUUUGGAACAAGGAAAACUUCUGCUGCUAUUCGCACAGCUCUUAGUCAUGUUGAUAAUCUCAUCACUGGUGUUACUAAGGGUUAUCGUUACAAGAUGCGAUUUGUUUACGCUCAUUUUCCUAUUAAUGCUAGCAUCACUAAUAAUAACUCUGGCAUUGAGAUUCGUAAUUUCCUCGGUGAAAAGAAGGUGAGGAAAGUGGACAUGCUUCAAGGUGUUACCGUCCUUCGAUCUGAAAAGGUGAAAGAUGAGUUGAUUUUGGAUGGAAACGACAUUGAGCUUGUUUCCAGAUCCUGUGCUCUCAUUAACCAGAAAUGCCAUGUUAAGAACAAAGAUAUCCGGAAGUUUCUCGAUGGUAUUUAUGUUAGCGAGAGGGGGACAAUAGCUGAGGAAUAGAUGGUUGGCAAGUAGGAAUUUUGAUGAGUUUUGUUUUCUCAUAUGCCCAAAUUGUUUAGUAGAGUUAUCUUUUUGGAAGUUUUUAUUUAAAAAUUUUAAUUGCUAUUACUAUUACUAUGAUUUUUUUUGUAGCAACUAUUACUAUGAGUCUAUGAUAUACAAUAUUCCAUUCAUUUGGUACCA